AUGUGCACGAGAAGAACGGCGGCAGUCAAGUUGGACGGUUGUGGAGCAGAAGAGGAGAAACGAUCUCAAACCGUUUCCAACACGUUGCUACGCGGCCCCGGCAUCAGAGAAGCGCAUCAUUCUGAGUGGCUUGAGUUCCCUCGCAUCCAAAAGGGGGAGGAAGAGCUCCAAGGCAUUAAAGAGGAAGAGCCAGAGCAUUUCUUCAAGGUUGGGCAGCCUCAAAACCCUCAUAUCAAAGAAGAGGAGAGAGCAUCGCCAUAUAUUAAAGAGGAGAAUGAGGAAGAAGAAAGCACCGAGUUGACUUUAAAAAGUGAAAAUGAAGACCCAGCUGAGACGGUAAGAGAGCCUCCGAGCGGCGACGCGGCAGAAGUUGACGGACACCGCCGCGGAGGAUCGCGGGAAGACGACCUUACCGCUCCGCUAUCAGAUCGUGACGACGCCACGUCACACUCUUCUGACUAUGAUGACGGUAAAGAUGAAGUGUUAAAAAGUCGUAAGACGGGUCACAGUGACAAGAAACACUGGAAAUGCUCUGAGUGCGGGAAAGCCUAUAGUCUUAAGAUUGUGUUGAAGAGGCAUAUGACGACACACACCGGAGAAGAACCUUACGUCUGCUCGAAGCGUUUUUCUUGCUUGGUUUGCGGUCAGAGAUUCUACAGGAAAACAAACUUGACACGGCACACGAGAACACACACUGGGGAGAAACCGUUCGCCUGUUCAGUUUGCGAUAAACAAUUCUCGCUCAAGACGCAUUUAGAGCUACACGCGAGGACCCACACAGGGGAGAAACCUUUCCCCUGCUCAGUUUGCGCUCAAAGAUUCGCUCAGAAGGGACAACUCAAAAUUCACACGAGAACACACACUGGGGAGAAACCCUUUUCCUGCUCCGUUUGCGGUAAGAGCUUUUCCGACAAAGGGACCCUCACGACUCACACGAGAACUCACGCCGAGGAGAGACCUUUUUUGUGCUCCGUUUGUGGUCAGGGAUUCCAUCGAAAAACAAACUUGACACGACACGCGAGGACACACACUGGGGAGAAGUGUUUCUCUUGCUCAGGUUGUGGUAAAAGAUUUUCACAGAGGAAACACAAGUGUGUUGGUUUGAAAGGCAGUGACCAAUGA